AUGACUGACCAGCUAACUUUGUACAUCCGUAUCAUACAGAGAUAUCUUGAUGUGACCAAGUGCUGCAGGCUCGGUUUGGGUGUCGACGAGGCCUAUUCCGUGGCUAUUGCAUUGGGUGAAUCAGCAAUGUUGCCCACGGGUCUCGUCUGUACAAUUUCGAGGUACUUGAUGAAAGCCCGUACAUUCAAUGAGCUUGCCUGUGUCAACAUGAUCGAGGCCAAAUGCUCAAACAGGCAUCCUCUCGGACAGCUUGCGUGUCGUAUUGUAAGGACAAAUCCGGCCUCGCCAGUCUGCUCCCAUCAACUGAAUAUAUAUUCAGAUAUCAUGAUCUCCCUCCUCUUGAACUACGGCGUCAUGCGUUGGGUGCCGGCAACAACGUUCGGCUACUUGACGGGCAAGUUGGACGACCCGUCCAGCCAGACCCAGGAUCUCACAAGCAAUAACACCGAUGGAAUCACGUGCACUCUUCUGGGGUCCAACAAGCUUUCUGGCCGGCGGCUAGGCGCCUGCUGUGAUAUGGAACCUGCACCAAGAGGUUCCCGCGCGCCCGUUUCGACCUCUGGAAUAGUAGAGACGAUCUUCUUCGCGAGCACGGCUACUUUACUGGGGGAUCCGAGCACCGUUCCAUACCGCUAUUAUCGUCGGGACGGUCUUCAACUACCAGCUCUACGGGUGCCGGCACGUGUGGUGGAACAAGUGGGCGUACAUCAGUGGGCUGUCUGCAGCCCCUCAGCCCCAAACCCCGAUGCAUCAUCACAUACGCCCUCCGACGAGAUUGUUUCUGCAGAGCGGCUGGAACGGCAGCUUCCGACACCAUGCCCAAGACAAUAG